AUGUCCUCUUCCUACUCCUCCUCCUCCUCUGCACCAGCAGCAACAGCGCCAACAACAACACCAUUCGAGUCCUUCCCAGCUCCGGCCCACGCAGCCAGCUCGUCAUCGCCGUGGCCGUCCUUUGACAAGCACAAGGCAGACUACUCGCUGUACCUGGUCACCGACUCGACGCCCAAGAUCCUGCCCGCGGGCAAGUCGCUGUGUGAUGUCGUCGAGGCUGCUCUCCGGGGCUCGUCCACGAGCAGUAGUGAUGGCCACGAGGCAAGCAGCGGCGGCGGCGGCGGCGGCGGCGUCACGUGCGUCCAGUACCGCGAGAAGCAUGCCGACACGGGCGCCAUGAUCGCCACUGCCCGCGAGCUGCACGCCAUCACGAGGAAGUACGGCAGGCCGCUGCUCAUCAACGACCGGGUCGACGUCGCGCUCGCGGUGGGGUGCGAGGGUGUGCAUAUUGGGCAGGAUGACAUCGAUGUACAGACGGCGCGGAAACUCCUCGGUGACGACAAGAUCAUUGGCGUCACCGUCUCCAAUGCCGAGGAGAUAGAGGCUGCCUGCCGUGGAGGCGCAGACUAUCUCGGCAUUGGCACCGUGUUUGCCACUGCUACGAAAGAGAACACAAAGAGCAUCAUAGGCAUAGAGGGCCUGCAGCAGCUUCUGCAGAAGCUAGAGGACCUAAAAUCUUCUGUCAAAACAGUCUGCAUUGGGGGCCUCAAUAAGACCAACAUCUCCCGAGUGCUCUGGCAGAGCACCACUCCAUCUGGGAGAUCUGUAGAUGGAGUUGCAUUGGUCAGCGCCAUCAUGGCGGCGCCUGAGCCUGGUGUGGUGGCGGCGCAACUUCUACGCGUGGUCAAAACACCGCCUGCGUUCUCAACGCUGGCUCCUGCGCAAGGCCAGCUCAAAAGGCCGCCGCAGGACCUAUUGGAAGUGAUCCCAGAAGUCAUAACGGCCGUGGAUGCAAAGAAGCCACUGAGUCAUAACAUGACCAACCUUGUUGUGCAGAACAUUGCCGCCAAUGUCGCUUUGUGCGUCGGAGCCAGCCCAAUCAUGGCCAACUAUGGCGAAGAGGCUCAAGACCUUGCCAAGCUGGGCGGUGCCCUCGUGGUUAACAUGGGCACGGUUACUCCCGAGGGCCUCCAAAACUACGAGAAGGCCUUGAAGGCUUAUAAUGAAGCUAGCGGACCGGUGGUUUUCGACCCUGUGGGAGCUGGAGCCACAGCCGUCCGCCGUAAAGCCACUCGCUUCAUUCUGGGAGCUGGCUACAUCUCUGUCAUCAAAGGCAACCAGUCAGAAGUCCUGUCAUGCUUGCCCGGCGGGAGUACGGUUCAACAACGUGGCGUGGACAGCAGCGCAGACACCUCGGACUUAAGCGGGCUGACUGCGUCCAUCAAGACCCUAGCCUCGCUUCGACGUAACAUCGUUGUCAUGACAGGCAAGGUAGACUAUGUCACGGCUGGUGAGGCCGUGUACGCCAUUGAGAACGGCCACGAGUAUCUUGGGAUGGUGACUGGCACAGGAUGCUGCUUAGGAACCACCAUUUCGGCGAUGGUCGCUGCUUAUCCCAAGGACGGAUUGGCAGCCGUCCUGGCAGGACUUGUCAUAUACAAUAUCGCCGCGGAAAUCGCGGCUGAGCGUGAGGAUGUUCGUGGCCCCGGCACAUUUGUUCCUGCCUUCCUCGACGAGCUGUGGCAGUUGCGGAGACGGACAGUUCUCGGUGACAUUGGCUGGCUGGGCCGAGCUCGGGUCAGCUUGGUGCAGUAG